CUCAGAGUCUGUACCCAGACGUGAGCGUGCUGCCAUACUCAGCUACCAGCGUCAGAGGCAGACUUGCGCGAGAGGAACGCGAGAGCCACGGUACGAUUUAACCCCCACCCUCCCUUCCACCCUCUCCAACACCUCUAGCCACACUCGCUCGCGUUUCUACUCCCCCCCCCCCCACUCGCUCUUUUUUUUUCUUUUCCUCGCUUGUGUCCUUUGCUCUCCCCCUCAAGCCCGCACUCUCCCCAUCAAAAGUUUAUCACGCCGGCGCGCUGUUUCCGGUUGGCGCUGCUCCUUCGAUACACAGGUUGACUGGGAGUAUGGGGGUAUCAGGGCAAUAAGAGAAGCGAAACCAAGUUGAUCAUUGUGAAUACCUGUGGGUGGACAAGUGUGAUUUCUGUGGGACAGCUCCACGGAUUAUCUACCUUCAUGUCGGAUAUAUCAUUUGGAUUAUCUUAUCUUCCCCAUUACAGACAGAUGACUUCCAAGCAGUGAUUCAUCAAUGUCUGAAGAUCAAACACAUUAGACCACUAGAGACAAAAAAACAAAACAACUAUUUUUAAAUUAGAAGAAUAGAAGACAACAAAUCAACACACAUUCUCUUACAGACCAUGUAUGUUCCUGUACGUAGCACUGAGCCUUCUGGGAAAUUAACUUUUUUUUUUCUUUAAAAGUGUUGAAAAAGAGAGGGACGAGAGACUUAUUUCACAAACAGAGGUCAACUCAUCAAUUAUUCAACGUUGGUUGCUGUUUUGGUCAGAGAGAGAGGACAGUCCAAAUUGUCUGCUGCUUCAACUAGUGAAAAGCUUUGGAUUCUCUCCCCUUUGUUUGCGUCUUUAUUUGAUCUUUUUCCCGCCCUCAGAGAAUGUGUUUUAGAAAGAAAAUCAGUGUAAGAAAAAGAAAUUUAUUUAGUUCAUCCACAUUUUGAACUGCCAAAAAUAAGUCAGAAUAAAAAUAAGGUCUUGAGAAAAAAAAAUAAUUACUUGGAUAUUUAUUUUCUACGUUAAAAUAAUCCCAUUACAUUGGCCAGAGCUUCUAUUUAAAUUACCUUUGUACAGAGUCAUUAAUAAUGUUGGAAUAACAAUUAAAACUAUUUACGACAGCAGUAUAUAUUUAGAACCCUGAACAACUAUGUCCCAAACAAGACUUUUUCCGACAACAUCCAUGAUUGGAUUUCUGGUAGCUUUUGUACUUCGUGGAGUUGUCUGCCAGUCCAACAACAAGGUGGAAUUCCGCAUCCAGGAACAAAAGCCUCAGGGCACGUUAGUGGGCAACAUCAGGGAUAAAGUACACAGCAGGACAUUGCCCACGGAAUCUUCAUUGAACUACAAGCUGAUGAACAGCAAAUCCCCCAUCGCUGCCUCCCUGUUCGCCAUCAACGGGGACACCGGCUCAAUCUACACCAUGGUGAACAUCGACCGCGAGAGCAUCUGUCAGUCUCAGAAAGAUUGCGUCAUAGAGUUUGACGUCACUGUGACCUCGUACGCCCAGGCGAGGUUCUUUGAGUUCGUCAACGUCCGCAUCAUCGUGGAGGAUAUCAACGACAACGCCCCGAGGUUCCCGAGGGACGAGAUCACGCUGAUCGUGUCCGAGACGGACACCAGGACCACCUUCAUGAUCGACGGGGCCACGGACCGAGACGAGCGCUACACGGUGACCAGGUACGAGAUGAGAUCGGACUACAACGACAUGUUUGAGCUCAAGUCCGAGAUGAAGCUGGACGGCUCUUGGGAGGUCUUCAUCGUCAACAUGCAGCCGCUAGACAGGGAGAAGAAAGACCGCUACGUACUUCACGUUCUGGCCCUGGACAGCGGAGAACCUCCCAAGUUCGGCAACGUCACGGUCAUCAUAAACAUAGGAGACGUCAAUGACAACCCACCUGUCUUUUCCCAGAACACCUAUGAAAUUACAUUGAAAGAGACAGCACAGGUUGGAUCCCCUAUCGGUCUCGUGGUGGCCACCGACGCUGACCUCGGAGACAACGCGGCUGUUACCUACCGCUUCAGCAAAACCAUCAGCCCUGAGAUGGACGCCCUCUUCUACAUCGACUCCAAUAGUGGGGAGAUCAUGGUCAAGAAGGACCUUCAGUACGAGUCAGGGCGUAACUUUGAGACCAUUGUGGAGGCUCGGGAUAGAGGCAACCCUCCAAAGGUAUCGCAAGCAGUCCUUAUUCUAAAAAUCUUAGAUGUUGGAAACACUCCUCCGAGGAUAAACAUUAAUCCAGUACCUAACCCAGACGGUAAUGUUUUAAGCAUCCCGGAAUCAUCUCUCGUUGAGACAGUCGUUGCCCACGUCAGGACCGACGACAGGGAUGAAGGAAAUAACGGCAUUGUGGACUGCAGCAGUUUGGCGCCCCAGUUCAGGGUCCGCCCCUUUGAUUCCGUAAGUUACCUGGUAGACAUCAAGGAAGCGCUGGAUAGGGAAAAAGUGGGCGAGAUCAAUGUAACCAUUGUCUGUGAGGACCGCGGGACACCGAGGCUGGCGGCGUACGGCUGGUUUAUCGUGAAGCUGCUGGACGUCAAUGACAAUGACCCAAUGUUCAGUACGCCUAUCUACCGCGCAAACCUGACGGAGAAGAACAAGGUUGGGGUUCACGUCCUUUACGUCUCCGCCUCUGACCCGGACAUUGGUGAGAACGCCAGGCUUCACUACUCGAUCUCCAUGGAAGCCGCAAAGUCCUCCUUCGUCAUCGACAACCUCACCGGGCAGAUCACCGCGGGUCAGGAGUUUGACAGGGAGACCAUAUCACAGGUCUCUUUCAUGGUCAUGGUCACCGACGGAGGAAAGCGCACUGGCAACGCCUCUGUCGUCGUCGACAUAGUCGACGUGAACGACAACAAGCCUUACUUCAUUUCGUCCCUGGCGUUCCAGAUUGCAGAGAACCUACCUGCCGGCACAAAGGUGGACACGCUCCUGGCAAGAGACAACGAUUUCGGUCAAAACGCGGAAGUGUUCUUCGAAAUUUCUGAAAAUCACUUCAAAGGCAAUGAGCCUCCCGUGCCUUUUGUCGUAAUUCCCGAUGGGGUCAUCCGUACAGUCAACGUUCUGAAGAAGGACAAGCAGGAUACUUACAAAUUUCCAGUUAUGGUCAAAGACAGAGGUCAUCCACCUCUAAGCGCCACUGCAACGGUGACCAUUCUCGUGGUGGAUUCCAAUGACCACACCCCGGUGUUCACAUUCCCUUCACGCAGCAACCACACAGUGAAAUUGAGAUCAGACGCUGCGCUAGGAUCCGUUGCUGCGAGGCUGAUGGCCACGGAUGCCGACAAAGGCAUCAACGGAAAGCUGAGGUAUACGCUGUUUCCAGGCAACCUCGAGAACGCCUUUGUUCUCAAAUCUCACGAGACAGGCGAGAUUAUCGUGAACAGAGACCUGUCGCUUGUCCACGAGAACGUAUUCAAGAUGAAUGUUACGGUCCAUGACCUCGGAAUUCCGUCUCGUGAAGCCCACGCGGUGUUGACCAUCCUAGUAGACUACACUGAGGGCCACGUUCUCAGCAGGUCGAGGGAGAGUGGCAAAGGUAACUCCACCUUCAUGUUUGGGGACGACGACAUCAAGUACAUCAUCAUCGCCGGCGUGGUAGGGGGCGUCACCGUGGUCAUCUCCAUCAUCAUAGUCACCAUCAUCCUGCGGCUUAGGCGCCCGGACAACAACAACCGAACCUCUGGGCUGACCGGCGUCCAGGAGCAGGGCGACGGACGCCAGUUCGACAAACAGAUGUGGCAGAGCGUGCCUGUGGACGACGUCACGCCUACGGAGGUGGAGGAGAAGAAACUGGGAACUAUGUCCCUGAAAGGUGGAGGACCAGACUUUGAGCACAAAUCAAGUAACGGAGGCAUGGGUCCGAAAGGAAACCAUGACCUUAUAGACCCGUACAGUAAAAAGCACGGUCCUGAGCCCUUCCAAUGUCAACCUCAACUAUACACCUUCAGAAAGUGUGCUUUGAGAGCUCCAACAGAUGACCAUCAGAGCGACACUUCAGGGGAGACCACUACCAGUGACAGUGGGCGUGGCGGAAGUGAGGAGGACAUUCAAUUGCCACCGUUGCCUGAAUUAACCGAAGACACUUCAAGAAUGAUCUUCAGGAAUCCAGGGGCGGGACUAAAAGACUCACGCUUCAUCCAGUCUGACUACGCAGACUAUGGUGACAGAGAAGUCAUCGCCUUUGAAACGUUUUCUCCUAGAACACUUCCGGUCAGCGAUCGCCGGGACAAAGGCGUGUACGGAGGCCGCGAGGUUCAGACAAUGGCCCACGCAGGUCGGCCGCUCAACGAUAAGUUGCGCCACGGUCGGCAUACGGGUUAUCCUCAAGGCCCCCAGAGCCUCCAGGGGUCUCCGCAUCAUCCUGCGCAGCAGAAGAAUCUGUCCAAUGACAGUUACUGGUCGCAGCCUUCCACCGCAUCCAGUUUCGGGCCGGGCCACUACCCGGACGACAUCCCAGAGAGGAGUGAGCCCGGAUCGGGCAAGAAGGUCACAUUCCAGACCGGUCUCACCACCCAGAAUCUGAAGACCUGGGACCUGGCCCAGAAGAUGAACCUCCAGCCAGAACUCUCCUCAACCAGAAGCGUUCCCAGCGGCUACACCAGUAGCACCACUAGCCACCAGCGUCCGUACGGCGCCCGUCCAAAAAGUCAGGAUGAUGACGACAAUACAACAACUUCCGGAAGUUACACAAUAAAUCCAGAGAAUGAUUUCGAUGAUGGACUUCCUGUACCAAGUUUUUCAGUUGCCUAAAAAAUUGCGAAACAAAACAAAUAUAUAUUUUUUAAAAUGUUCUCGUCAUCACUGAUUUUCUUAAAAACUAUUACGAUCAUCAUUUGCAAGGAACACACAUGUAACAAAACAAAAUAAAUACAAGACAGCUUCCGUUUCGUCAAUAUCCCACUUAUGUUUUUUAAACCUCGCUGAUGGAACUCGAGUUAAAAAAAAUAUAACAUCAAAUACAAUAAAAUAUUCAAAUGUCAAGGUGACUUUUGAUUCCACCCAGCCGAAAUAGUUUUGGCGUGAACCUUUUAUAAAAAAAAUUUUCAUCUGAAGGUGGAAAAAAAUAAAUAUGACGUAUAUUGUGUGGCCUUGAACUCCUGACAUGACAUACUUUAAUGUAUUCAUUGUUUUCUUCAGUGUAUAUGCUUGCUUAAUCUCUACCGAGUCAACAAGAAAGUCGACUCAAUCAUAUCGUGAGAUAAAUACAAAUUCACAUAUUUUGAGAUAAAUGUGUAAUUAUUAUAAGAUUUUUCUAAAAAAAAAAAUAUUUUUGAAAAUUUUGUUCAAACAUGUGAACUAAUUAUUGAUUUUCUUUUCACCUAGAAUAUUUUGAUUGCUUUAUUUCAAAACACGAUAUAUGACAUAAUGGUCUGCCUAGGGUAUGAUUUCUGUGUACUUGCGUUCAUUGUAUAAUAAUAAGUGAUUGUAAAAUGAACCCCCUCUGUCUCUCCACUCCCCAGUCGCACUCUCUCUCUCUCUCUCUCUCUCUCUUCACUUGGUACAUACACCACUUGGCUAUGAAUGUAGGGGAUGCGUUACCAAACAAUAAACAAAUAAUUCAAUUUCCUUUAAUUAAAUUAGCUUUGAAACAAACGUUUUUUAACCCUUUAGACGCGUCUGGUAGUUUUAGUCUCUUAACUCAAGAAUUGUUAUUCCAUUGUGUAUGCACUCUUGUAAAAAAGUUCAGCAUUUUAAGGGUUAAAAUAUCAAAGUCAUAAUUUCUAUGUUGGCCAAGUUACCAAAGUGGAGGUUGACAAGUGGUGUUUAAUAAAAAAAAAAAAGUGGCGUCUAAAAAGUGGAGUCUAGUUAAAAGUGGAGUCUAGUUAAAAGUGGAGUCUAGUCAAAAGUGGAGUCUAGUUAAAAGUGAAGUGAAUAGAUAUAAUUGCGGACUCUUGAUGGCAAAUUGCUGUUUAAUUCAGAAAUCUAAGUGUACAAGAUGGUUCUAAGUGCGGAGUAAUGUUAUCAUGUAGGGUUCUAUUUAUGAACAUGUCAGAGAUUGGUUCGGAAGCCAGAGUCUAAUUCAGAACGUGAAGCAUAGUUGACAAAGAAAACUAAAAGCAUAAUUUAGCCAGGCCACAUUGGGUCCAUGUCAAAUAGUCAACCCUAGUUCUCACCAUUGUUGUCUUUAUUGGUCCUAGAGUUUAGUUGCCCUUCUAUCAUUCAACUUCUAGUCAAGAAUUCUUCAAUUCCUCACCUUCGUGUUUAGUCUGCGGAGUGAGAGUCUGUGGUUUGAAAAAUAAAUUGCUCACAAUGAAAGAAUAAUGAACUUUCACUUCAAAGUGUUCUCGCUGUAUCACUCAAUUAAUCUGAUAUCAUUCUAUUCCAUCAAAACAAAAAUAUUAAUUAGAGUAAUGGAUGAAGCACGUCCGUUCUGGAAUGUGCCAUGAGUGGAAAUAUUUGAAGUUGUAAUGACCACUAAUAGUUCUAGUGUCGGUAUUCAUUCUUUUGUGACCCUCCUCUAAUGUGCCAUUAACUUUUGUGAGAUAGUGUUGAAUUUUGAAUACAAAUAUACAUUUCAAUUAAUGUAUUACAUUUGGUAUUUGAAUAUCGUAUGGGGAUGUGGGCAUCUACACAGUUAAUCAUUAUGAAAAAUACAAGAAAAACAAUGCUUCUUACUAAUUGGCUAAAUUAUACAUGUCGUAAUUAGGAAAUGUGAUUCUUUCUUAUUCUUAUUGUGUAGAUAAUGACUAGAUAAUGACUAGAUAAUGACUAGAUAAUGACUAGAUAAUGACUAGUCUUGUCAGUUCAGGAUUUGUUUUUAUAACAUUAUAAUUUCUAUGCUCUUUGUUAUAGCAAAUGUCUAUGUCUAAUGAAGACCAGACGAGACAUCAUUGUUCUCUGUAAAAACAGUUAUGUCAUAUUCGAGGUCAAGGUCUAAUGGGGGAUUUUAUUUUUGAUGUCUGUGUUUUUGUUUGUCUGUUCCUCUGUAGAGCUGAAUGUUUGUCUGAGUGUCUGUAGAGUUGAAUGUUUGUCUGAGUGUCUGUGGAGCUGAAUGUUUGUCUGAGUGUCUGUGGAGCUGAAUGGUUUUGUAUAAGCUGUCAGUGUGAUAAAUUUGAUUUGGCUAAAUAUCACUAUCCCACCUGAUCCUAAUUAUUCAUGUUUAAAAAAAAAAUCGCUCUAAUGACUUGUAUCAAAUUGCACUCACACACACAAGCACACACACAAGCACACACACAUGCCAAGGAAAAAAAAUGAAAAAUUUCAUUCCCAAUGACAGAUGAGUCACCCAACACAGUGGCGUCUCUCAAAGAUAUGUUCGUCCCCAACUUCAUAAACUCAAAGCAGUGGAGUCACUCAAAUAUGGGUUUCUCCCCCCCCCCCUCCAGGUAAGCUCUAAAUAGUGGCCGUCUCUCAAAUAUGGGUUAUCACGAAUUAAGCUGAAACAGUGGCGUUUUUGUCCCCCACACUAGUUAAUCUCUAGAUUAUUUAGCUCACUCAAAGAUAGGUUUGUCCACCACUAGGUAAGCUGAAAGCAGUGUCGUCACCCAAAGAUGGGUCUUUGUCCACCACAAGGUAAUCUGAAAGCAUUGGCGUCACUCCAAGAUUGGUUUUUGUUUCCCAUUAGUUAAUCUCUAGAUUAUUUAGUUGAAUCAAAAAUGGGUUUUUCCACCACUGCCUUUGUCAAUAGGCUCUACGCAAAAUUAAUGCUCACAAGAGUAACCCCUAAAACAGUAUGACGGAUUAAAUAUGGAUAUAUGCUUUGUGUUAAAAACAAUGUUCGCCUCCUCUCCCCCAAGCAAGAGAGGGGGCUGGGGGCUCUAAGCUAUAGUUUAUGUUGCAUAUAGCUAAAUCAAGCACUGAUCAAAUGGAAACACUCCCAAAAAUCUUCAUCAACAAACAAGCAAACGUAUUAACUAUAAAACAUGUCUAUUAUUUUAUGUUCCAACUGAUGUCUAUUAAACAAAACCAGAGUUUAACAAAGUGUGUGUGUGUGUGGUCUGAUUUCAAUUUCUGAUUGAAUGAAAUAAUAAAGAAAAAGAAAAACUUUAA